AUGGCAUUAGUCUUUGAUGAAGCUGUAGAGGAAGAUGUCUACGAGACACCGAGUGAUUUCUCUGAUUUUUUAGAGUUCACUAAUCGCUUGAACAUACCACUAAACGAGGAGUAUUUUCGUGAAUUGAAGGCCACCUGGUUGAAAAGCAAAGGUUCUCUGGGACAGAGUUUGUCGAUCUUCGAGCAAAGCAUCAGGGACAGUAAAUUCCUGUCCAGUGAGUUCGAAAAUGAAAGAAGAUUACAAAACGCUCUCUGGAGAGUUUGGUGGCGCCAGACUCGGGCCCGCUUUCACGCUACGGUCAAAGAAAUCCCCGAGGGAGAAAACAUCGUCGAGGAAGCGAUCCCAGAAGUACGAACCAUCCGUAUUAGUGGGGCAGACAUUGGUGACUUUCCAACGGAAUACAUCAUUCCCGCGUUGAAACCUCAUGAAAUCCCCGUUGUUGGAACGUAUGUUGACACAAAAGUUGUUUCUGGUUUUGCUUAUCGGGUGCGUCGAAACGGAACCAAUCAAUAUCUGUUUGGUGGCGUGGCUUUGGUGUUACAGAGCAUUGGCAGAGGAUAUGGGAAAAGACUUACCUUUGAAAGCCAGGACGUUGAAAAUGACAAUUUCUUCUGGUCUGAUAGUAACGAUGAUGAAGGCUUUGCAUUUUCAAUUCAAGUCGUCUUCAAAGGCGAUAAAUUCAAUGUUGUAGAUCGCCAAGGGCGUGUAGUGGCGGAAACCCAGUUAACGGCAGUGGGCGACGAACAAGACAUUGAAGACAUUUCUCUUCAAAAAGAAUCAGUGAUUGUCGUUGUUUCUGUGGAAAUGGAGUGCUGUAUAAAAUUUUCUGCUCUCGACCACGUGCCAGAAAAAUUACGUGGUCAGAUCGUCGAUGUCGCUGUUUCUGGUCUGGCACUUACUGAAAAGAAGGCAAAAAGUUGGAAAGGAGAGAUUAUUGAAAUUCGAAAUGUACAUAUUCUUGAUGUAGGAGCUUGUACAUUUCAAGCAAUCUGCUGA